GGAUUGGAUUUGGAGGGCAGGCGGGUGUACAGUGUCUUGGUUUAUAUAAGAAGAGCAAGAAAAAUAGCAAUUAGAGAAAGAUGGAUAUUGCAACAGAGGCACCCAAAGCACCAUUGACAAGUGAAAGGAAGGUUAGAGCAGACCUUGAAGAAUAUAUACCCAAACCCUAUUUGGCAAGGGCAUUGGCUGCUCCAGAUGUGGAACAUCCACAUGGAACACCAGGGCAUGACAACCAUGGAAUGAGUGUUCUUCAGCAACAUGUUUCCUUUUUUGAUCAAGAUAAAGAUGGGAUUGUUUAUCCUUGGGAAACCUACACAGCUAUGAGAAAUCUUGGUUUCAAUCCAUUUUCAAGCCUUUUUAUUGCAAUCUGUAUCACUGUGGGAAUGAGUUAUCAAACUCUCCCGGGAUGGCUACCAAAUCUAUAUUUUCCCAUAUACAUAGAUAAAAUACACAAAUGCAAGCAUGGUAGUGAUUCUUCGACAUUUGACAAUGAAGGAAGGUUUAUGCCAAUGAACUUUGAGAAUAUAUUCAGUAAAUAUGCUCGAACUGAGCCCGACAAGUUAUCAUUCGGAGAAGUGUGGCACAUGACUGAGGCUAAUCGAAACUCGUAUGAUUUCAUUGGCUGGCUAAUGACAAAGGCAGAAUGGAUGCUUUUGUAUCUGCUUGCAACGGAUGAAAAUGGUUAUCUAUCAAAAGAAGCUGUCAGGGGAUGUUUUGAUGGGAGUUUGUUCGAGUAUGUUGCCAAAAUGAACAAGGCUGGGAAGAAUAAGGUUUACUGAGUGCAGGUUUAAUUUAUGUCACGAAGAUGUUAGAACUUGAGCCAAUUUUGUGCAACUGCAUGGGAAAUAAUAUUCAACUUGGUAUGGAGCACAAGUUGGCUGGCGCACUUGAAGAAAGAUGGAUGUCAUAAGAUUAGUAGUUAUUUUGUAUUGGGUUUUUUUAUUUUAUUAUAUUAGGUGAUUUAGUUAAUUAGGUUAUUAUUAUCUUUUGUUUUAUUUUAUUUUAGGAUUUUUAUCAUUUUAAUUAUUAUAUUUUGUAUCGUCUCUUAGACUUGAAUUAUUUUCUUCCUUUGUUUAAUACAAUUUUGACUUUCUCUUAA